UUUACACCCGGGGAAAGAGCCUUAUGCACAAACUGAAUAGGAGGAUGGAUGGGUCCCAGAACCCAUCUUUACGCUGAAGAGAGAAAUAUUUUGCCCCCUGCUGGGAAUCGAACCCCAGUCGUCUUUAUUAUGGGCCCUGUAUGCUUAAGUGUAUUGAGAGAUGUGAUUACGGUAAGGCAGUGUCUGACUUUGUUCUCAGCUUCAUGCUGCACCUCAAGUUCCGGGCAGUGUUCUCUGUCCUGUUCUUCGCACCCCUGCUGCUGAUGCUGAUCAUCUAUAUGCACAUCUUCUCCAUCGUCCGGCGUCACCAAGUGAACAGACUGAGGUUCAGCCAGAUCAACCACGGUUCCAGACAUCACAGCUCCAACGGUCACGGAUCCUCUGGUUCUAACAGUCAGCAGAUGACGAGAAGUGUAAAGGCCAUUCACACGACGCUCUUCAUCCUCGGAUCAUACAUCAUCGGGUGGAUGCCAGCAGUUCUAUCCUACCUGCUCUUCUGUGAAGACUGCCUGUUCCACUUCAACACUUUUAACAAGUCUGUCAUGUUCUUCAUCUACACCAUAGUCAAUCUUCUAGUCAUCUUCAAGACCUUACUCAACCCCAUCAUCUACGCAGCACGAAUGCACGAAAUC